GUAAUCAGGGCGCGCCGGGCACGUACUGGCCGCGGCGGCUCUCUGAUCCCGAGGCAGCGAAUAAAUGGGGGUUUGGCUGUCCACAAUGCUUCGCUCGUCGGCGGGCUUGGACGGCGCGGUGCUGUCCGUUGGAUUCCGUUUUCGUCAGCCUUUUGGUCCCGUACCGUGCGGCUGACUGCUGGAAGGGACAUCCGGCUUCCCGUCUCCGCCGCCUCCCGCUCGUCUCCGCGGCCGCCCGGGCCCCCGACGACAGCCAGGUGAUCCAUCCCUCUGCCGUCUGUGCUUUUGGACACGUUCUCAUAAUGGAGUUCCCUGAUUUGGGGAAGCAUUGUUCAGAAAAAACUUGUAAACAGCUAGAUUUUCUUCCGUUUAAAUGUGAUGCAUGUAAACAAGAUUUCUGUAAAGAUCAUUUUACUUGUGCUGCACACAAAUGUCCCUUUGCAUUCAAGAAGGAUGUUCAGGUCCCAGUAUGCCCACUUUGUAACAACCCAGUCCCAGUAAAAAAGGGAGAGAUACCAGAUGUGGUGGUUGGUGAGCACAUUGAUCGAGACUGUAACUACCUUCCUGGGAAGAAAGAGAAGAUUUUUAUGUACCGGUGCUCAAAAGAGGGGUGCAAGAAGAAAGAGAUGCUGCAGGUGGCUUGUGACCAGUGUCGUGGCAGUUUCUGCAUUCAGCAUAGACACCCUCUGGAUCACAGCUGCAAGCACGGGAGCCGCCCCAUCAGCGUAGCCGGGUAUGCAGCUGCCAGAGCCUCUGAAUCCGAGCCAUCAGGAGCUUUACACAGGCUGUCUACCAUUUGGCGGGCUCAGCGACUCAGGUGGAAAGUAAAGAGAUGAUGGGACUAUCUGCACAUACUGGCACAUUCACUUGUUUUGUAUAUUUAGCUUUGUAGGCAAAGUUGUGCUCUAGUGCCUUUGUACUACUCAUGACAAACGGUCGGGAAUGUCAUUAAAAGUUUUCCAGUAAAAUGUACAAAUUUUGGCAAAAUAAAUAGAAGGAUAUGGAUAUUCUAAGUUAGGCUAAGCUGCUCCGUCAACCUCUGCUUCCUCCCUCCUGCCUCCCAAGUAAAGUGCCGUAAGGAUUGAAGGGGUGUGACAGAUAAGAGAGCGGCUCUGCCCUGGCCUGAGUCCCCAAAGAACCCAGUGUUCUGGAACCUUCUGUCACUUACACAGCUGAUUGCACUCUGUCUUCAUCUUGUGGCUUCCGUGGUGACAGCUACAUGAGCCCAGGAAAGGGGGGAGGCCAUGUACCUUGCUAAGGGCCUUGUUUAGAUGUGGCCACUCUUCCACUGAGAACAGCCCUUUGGCCAUAUAGACACCAGUCAUGGCCAUGGUCCAUGAGAGAGCCCCAUAUCCUUCAACCCGGGACUUUGGGAAACAGUGAAGCAAAAUGUCAUUUGAGUUGGGUCCUGAUCUUAACCCACUGGUCAUCUACCUAUACAUCCAGACCUCCUCUUGCUCCUAGAUUAAUAAAAUACAGGCAAUUACUCCUGGUUUCAGAGCCUCAAAGCAUGAUUUGGUGGGGGUGGGCUUUUUCCAUUCCACAAGGAAGUGAUGAAAACUAUUUCUGCGGGCUGUCUUAGUUGGUGUGUGUUCUGAACUAGUGGUUCUCAGACUUCCGCAUGUUCAGAAUUGCCUAGAGGGCUUGUUUGAGGGGCACCCGACCCCACCCCCAGAGUUUCUGGUUCUGUGGGCCUGGGUGGGCCUUGAGAAUUUCAGGAAGUUCCCAGCUGAUGCUGAUGCUGCCAGGCUGGGGACUCCACUUCGACAAAUCACUUCUGUGCACCCCCACUGUCCAGUACAUGGUCACUUGGCCACAGAGGUUUUGGAACAUAGGAAAUGCAGUCAGCCCAACUGUGGGAUUGAAUUUUUAGUUAUAUUUAACUUAAGGGCUAUUAACUUGAUUCACUUUUUAGAAAAUUCUUCAGUAUGUUAGGAACUUUGGUAUAUGAGUCUAUUUUUUCAACUAUAAAUUUUAAAUACAGGUCAGCCCUUUCUCAUAGAAAUUUAAUACCUGUUUUGAGAAUCUAAGACACUGAGCUUUGAAGAUAAUACCAGAAUACUAAAGUAUGUCAUUGUUAAAAUUAUCCACAUGUUGAAGUGAUGUUUUGGAUACAAUUGAUUAAAUAAAGCAAUAAAGUUGAUCUUA